AUGAUCUGUGGUGCUACUUUUAAGAGACAGGUUCUCUUGACUAGUCACAGGCAGAAAUGUACUUGGAACAUCGAAAGUGAUCACAGCACGGAUGUUAGUGAUGAGGAAAUUCCCUACCAUGAUGACAGUGAUGAGGAAAUAGAACAGGAAAAGCAUAGCAGCAGCCUGACAGAGGUUUGUGAAGAAUGUGGAACAGUUUUCAGAAGGGCUUCAGCUUUAGCAUUCCAUCAGAAGAUGAAUCACAAUAAGUCAAAUGAUGAAUGGUCAUAUGGAUAUAGUGAAGAGAAAGAAGUUCAUGUUAAAAGAGAAGUCAUUAACACUGAUGAAGAAGAAUUUGAGCAAAUUAUGCUUGUUGAAAAAGUGAAUAUAAAGACAGAAGAUACAAAAGCAUCAAAAACAGAAUGCAGAGGAGACAGCCACCAUGAAAAAAAAUCAGAAUUAAAUUUGGGAAAAGGAAGGACAGGAUCUGGUACAAAGGAAGAGAAAAUUGUUCAAAGUGGUAAUACACAUACAAAAGAUAAAAACUGUUUAAGUACAAAUCCAACUGUAGAACAGAAGGAAAAGAGAGUGAUCAGCAGAACUAAAAAGCCCUUAAAAGAACAUGUUUGCAGACUGUGUAAUGAAAUAUUUAAAAGUCAGAUGGACCUCAGCAGCCACACUAAGAUUUGUAAAUUGACAGGAAGUUCUGUGAAAGUCAGAAGAAAAAAGAAUGCAGCUAAAGGUGCUUCUUUCAAUAAAAAUGUUAGUGAAGUUGAGUGUGAAAACAAUCCAAAGAUAGCAGAAAUGCAGUAUCCUUGUAAACUGUGUGGUCAGACUUUCACUAGGUCAUCAAAGCUGAAACAUCAUUUGAACAUGUGGUGCAAAGUUAAGAACGUGUUGAAUAUUCUAGUCAUGUCACUAUGCAGUGGUUGUUUCUGUAGUGAAUACAUAUUUUUGAAUAUUCCAUUCAAACCUGGGGGUUUACAUAGUGUAGUAACACAAGAUGAAACGUUCCUUAUAGUACAGUCCCAUAGUUCCAUUUGUAAAAAGUGA